ACCUAACCUACAAUCCACGGCUGUUGUUUAGCGUGUAGUAACCUCAAAGAGUAGUCCUGCUGUCAUAAAGAAUAAGUGGAGGGUAUUCCAGAAAAUUGAUGUAAAUAUGACUGAAGUCAAAGAAAACGUUAUUCGUGUGGAAGACAUAUUGGGUGACAAGGCAAAACCAACUAUGAGUAAUCCAUUGAAGAAAGUAAACAAGCUGGAAAAACACGUGGAGAAGCUCACUAUACCAAAAGGCAAACCAAAGUCUGGAAGAGUUUGGAAGGAACAAAAAACCAGAUUUUCAUCAAUAAUUAAAACUCGGGGUACUCGUCUCUCCUUUGAAAAGAAGCAAAAAUUAAGGGAUGACAUGAAGCGUAUCAAAGAGUUAUCGAGAUCUGUUAUUGCUCGACGUGAAUCAGAAAGAGAGGCAAAAAAACAAAGAAGAAUUGAGAACCUGAAGCGAGCCGAAGAGAAUAGAAAAAAAAGUGAAAUUGUACAAGUUAUAAAAAAUACAUCAAAGAUAAAGAAGAUGAAGAAAAAAAACUUAAGGAAGUUGGAGAAACGUGAUACAACGAAUAUGUAAUUAAUCCCUAACUUAAAUGAAAUAACAUGGUACAACCUUAUCUUGUACAAACGAUUCAAAUUUUCUUUAUAAAAUCACUUCUUCAC